AUGGAAGAAAAGGAGAGCGAGCUCAUUAUCCUGUGGGUUCUUACAGGGGGCGCAGUAGCUAUCAUGCUGCUACGCCUCGGCCUUAAGCGAUACCGACAGAAUGGACUUGAACUUGGGGAAUACUUCACCAUCAUGUCUAUUAUAUCGAUCUUGCUGCGAGGUGCUGUCAUCCACGUGGCGCUGGUCUGGGGAACCAACAGCAUUUCCAAAGCUGCCCUGGAAAAGAUCACGCUCACCCCCGAAUACAUCUAUCGACAUGAGAUUGGAAGCAAGUUGACAAUGGUCAAUCGAGCGUUUUACACCGUGUAUACCUGGCUUCAAAAGUGUGUCGUCAUGUGUGUUUUGCAACGUCUCCUGCGCGGACUGAAGUCGGAUAAGAUCGUGAAGUUCUACUGGGCAACCUUGGCCGUCACAUUCAUCGUCGCCUUCAUCGUUACGUUCACCGAAUGCCGACCUUUCGGCCGCUACUGGCAGGUGACUCCAUAUCCAGGAACAUGCAGCAAAGGCAUCAUUCAGUUGGAAGUUUUCUCAAGUCUCAGCAUGGCCACGGAUGUAAUGCUGAUCGCUCUUCCCUUGCCGCAAGUUAUCAAGCUUAAACGACCUCUUCUUGAAAGGCUUCGGCUUCUUGCCCUAUUCACGGUUGGACUGGCGAUUGUUGCGGUGUCGUUGACCCGCCUUUUACUGAAUGUCGUCCUCUUUCAACGAUCUGGACCAUCACACACUAUCGCGAACAUUGAAAUCUUCUUCGCUGCAUUUGUCGCCAAUGCCCCAACCAUCUACGGAAUGCUGAGUAUCAAAGCACAACAGAGAAGUACACCGAGAGGACACAGCUACCUCCCAGACUCCUGGUCAGCAUCGAAGUCUGCGCGUGCGGAUGGGAAUUACACUGGUAGGAGUCGGGGAAUUGAGCUAAAUCGAAGACCUUCCGCGAUUAUUCAAGGCCAUGCUACUCGUGGACAGGAUAGCGACGAGGAAAUGAUGAUCGAAGGGGGCAUCACUAAGACUACCCAUGUUAGUGUAUCAUCUGAUAAUAAUGAUUAG